AAACGAAACUUAUGUGGUCUGUAUGUUGUUUGUCAAAAGUUUGGCUUCGAUCUUAUAAUUGAAGUUAUAGAAGAGGAAACUUUGUUGGUGCGUUUGUGCACCAUUGGUUUUAUCAGUUAAGUAUUUUCCUGUUCAGACAAGUUAGCGCGAGAACUUGACGUACGCAGUACGCAUUUGCAGGUGUUUACGUUAGUUGAGUUUUAGUUGUAUUUAGUGCAUACCAUCGAGAUAUGUGCACACAUCUAUCUUAAGAAUGUCAUUUCGAAGAUUUCUGACUCAAAGUGAAACUGCCGUUGAAGAAGCUGGACAAGAACUGUACAACUACAGAAAAGGUGCUCUUGAUGCUGUUUACAUACCUCCAGAUGUAGACAAUGUAACUGACGAGGAGGAUGUAGAAGAUGAGCUACUACCCGAAAUUGAUGUACCAGGUCCUUCAGACAUUGCUGGUACAUUAAUUUGA